AUAUCGUUUAAGGUUUAUAAUUUGAUGCAUGUCCACCAUGACCCGUCUUGUUUUUAUAUGAAUAACACUAGGGGUGGAUAAAGGCUUAUGUUUGAUUUAAUCAUUACUGAAGCCAACCUAUCUUAACAGGCUCUCAAUAAUCAAUAUCCUCUUUCAGAAGUGAGGAUGUGAAUAAGGUCUCACUAUAAUUGGUUGGCUGGUCCAUCCCUAGGCUGUGAGGGACUGUGGUAUCUUUCUUUCUCAUGGGUACUAAUCCCAUGCAUUUCCUCAGUACAUCAUUAAAAUUGGCUAACAUCUUUUGAAUUGGUUGGGUUAAAUUGUCACCUCCUAGAGGUUGCUUUGUUGACGCUAUCAUUUGCAAAAAUAUGCUAACAGGCAUCUGGUAAAUUCGUCUAUUUGUAAAGCAUAUAACUACUCCAGUCUUUCUCAUUUGGGAGCAUAUAAAAUUAUUAGUGCUACAUGUAUUGAAUAGCACCACAUUUGGAAGAAAUCCAAUUUGUUCAAUUGUCCUUGUCAUCGUGCUAUGGAAAAUCCAACUUCGCCAUUUCAAGUAAGAGGAUAUAUAAUUGAUUGGAUUGUUGGUGCUGAUCAUAAUUGGACCCCUUUUAGCUAGUAAAGGUAUAGAGAAGAAGUUUCCCUGAUUCCUGUCUCUUGCAGCUGCUUUCCAAUGUUCUGUACUCCCGUAGGACUUGUACAAUCAACAUCUGCGUGAAGUGCUCCAACAUCUAUCAAACUGUUCCAUAUGUUUCUCAUGCUGCUCAAUGAGUGGAUCUUAUCCCAAAUGUGGUAGCCCUCCCCAGAAACCAUGGGAAAGAGCUGGGCCCUCUUCUGGUGCUGCACCUUUUAAACCGCCUUCUGGUGGUAGCACGAGUGAUGCAGUGGAGGCUUCUGGAACUGCAAAACCCGGUGAAGUUGUUUCAACAGGUGAUAGGAAUACCAUUGUAAACAGAAGCACAGUUGGGAGGCCUGUUCCUACUAGGCCAUGGGAACAGCAGACUUAUGGCAGCAGUUAUGGAGGUUAUGGUUCUGGCCUGAAUUAUAAUUCUGGUUACGGAACAGGCAUGUAUGGUUCAUCUGGCUUGUAUGGUUCGUCUGGCAUGUAUGGAGCAUCUGGAGGAUUUGGAGGGUCAUAUGGCAGUGGAUUAUAUGGAAACAACAUGUAUAGAGGCGGUUACGGCGGACUUUAUGGAGGUGGCAUGAAUGGUGGGGGAAUGUAUAAUGGUGGCUUCGGAGGCCCUAUGGGAGGUUAUGGUAUGGGCAUGGGUGGUCCGUAUGGUGAGCAGGAUCCGAAUAAUCCAUAUGGUGCUCCAUCUUCUCCACCAGGUUUCUGGAUUUCAUUAAUGCGAGUGAUGCACGGUGUAGUAAAUUUCUUUGGCCGGGUUGCAAUCUUGAUAGAUCAGAAUACACAGGCGUUCCAUAUGUUCAUGACUGCCCUUCUUCAGCUGUUUGAUCGGUCCGGGUUAUUGUAUGGAGAGCUUGCUAGAUUUGUGCUGAGACUAUUAGGAAUCAAAACAAAAUCCGAGAACGUUCAAUUCCCUGGCAUGGAUGGGCUUCCUGGACCUCACAAUCCCCAUGCAAGCCAAAACUACAUUGAGGGACCCAAGGCUGCACCAAACAGUGAAUGGGACGGCGCAUGGGGAAAUGGUGCAAGUAAUUGAUCUGGUGACCUUACAUCCUUUACAAUCUGCUGAUUGAGUUGACGAAAGUGAAGAGAGGAUGCUGCCACUGCUUGAAUAGAAUGGUACUUGGCAACUUGAGAUAAGUAGACUAUAACUCCACCGAACCUUUGCUGAUUGGUGCUUUGCUCACGGUUGUGCUGGCUUUGUAGGGUUCCUCCCCAAACAAAUGUAGGAAUAAGAAUGUAAUAUAAUGUGACCUAAAAGAGUCUUUCUUCCCCAUCUCCUUCAUUUCA